AUGAUUACAACAAAAGCAGAUAAACUUUUAAGAAGCUUAAUUGAUGCAGGUUUAUCAUUAACAGAUUUUACUAUAUUAGCAAUAAAAAUUAUGCGUAUUCAACGAGAUUUUAAAACAGAUAAUAAAGAUCGACGUCAACGAGAUUAUUUACGUCAACAAAAUAAAUUACGUGAACAAUAUCAUAUUGAACAACAACUUAAAGACGAAGAACAACGUAAAAUAAAAGGUCUUGUAAAAUUACGUGAAUUAGGUUAUGUAACUAGUGAUGAUACAUCUCAAAUACUAAAUAAUAAUACCACAGAUAGUAUUGAUCAAUAUUCAACAAAUCAUAUUGGAAAUAAAGAUACUAAUAAAAUAAAACCUAAUCAAUUAUUAUUACCAUAUGCAAAAGAAAUAAAUGAUAUGAAACAAAAACAACGUGAUUGUUGUUUAACAUUUAAUAUUGAUUAUGAUCUUCGAUUACAUCAACAAGCUCUUGAACGAGCUUGUCGAAGAGCUAAACGAAAUAUUUAUGAGCUUCGUGCUGAACGUUUUAAUCGUCCUGAAUAUCGAUCUAUUUUAUCAGUUGAAACGACAACAUCUCAUAAUAAAUUAAAACAAGCUAUACGUGAAAUAAAUAAAAUAUUUCUUGAUUCUAAAUCAAAUCAAGAUAAAAGACAUUUACAAGAAUUAUUAACAUAUAUUAAUCAAUUUGAAGGUGAUAUUGAUUUAUUAAUGUGUCAAAUGCAAUAUGAACCAAAAGUAAAAGAAACAAUUUUAUUUUCAUCAGUUACAAAUGAUAUACUUGAUCGAAUGAAUCUUAUUCUUUAUUGUGCACGUAAAUUAUCUGAAAAAAUUUCCAUUGAUGAUAAUAUAGAUGAAAUAAAUGAAAAUAUUGAUAAAGAAAUAAAUAAUGAUUUAUUAAAUAUUCCAACUAAAUUAACUUAUAUAAUAAAAAUAAAAACAAAUAAUGAAAUAAAUUCAUCAUUAUCAAAUGAUACAAAUGUAAAAAUAAAAUUAUAUGGUACAUAUAAUAAAACAUCAGAUAUAAUACUUACAGGAUCAAAUAAUAAAAAUAAAUGGCAAUCAGGACAAAUUGAUUUAUUUAAUAUUGAAUUAAAUUAUUUAGGUGAUAUAUAUGCUAGUGAAAUUUGGCAUGAUAGUCAAUAUUCAUCAUGGAAAGUUGAUUGGAUUGAAAUUAUUGAUGAUGCUGCAAAUAUUUAUCGUUUUCCUUUAAAUCGUUUAUUUGAUAAAUAUUCAAAUGAAAAAAAAACUCAUUUUAUUAUUCAACGUGAUAUUGGUCCUGUUAAUCAUUUACCAUCAAAACCUUUUAAACAAAUAAAACCAUAUAAAAAAAUUGGUUUUGCAACAUAUAAAAUUCAAGUUAAAACAGGAAAACAACCAAAUAAAGUUACAGAUUCAUCAAUAUUUAUACAAGUAAAAGGUGAAAAUGGAAAUUUUGCUGAUAAUUUAUCUAGUGCAAAUUCAGCUUUUAAAAAUUCUGUAUUUGAACCUGAUCAAUUAGAUACAUUUUAUUUUAUUUGGCCAUAUUUAGCAAAAAUAAAUUCUUUGCAAUUACUUAUUCAAUCUGAAGGUACGCAACCAUUAUGGUUUUGUGAAUAUAUAAUUGUUCAAGAUGAUCAAACAGAAAAUCAAUAUAAAUUUAUAAUUAAUCAAUUAUUUGAUGGUUCAAAUCCAGAUAAUCGAAAUUUAAUAAGACAUUUAACUGUCUAUCCAGAAAAUAUGAAAAAAGAAAAACCUGGUUAUUUAAUAAAACUUAAAACUGGUGAAAAAGGUUUAUCAAAUAUGUCAACAUUACCAUCAAUUAAUAUAAUAUUAAAAGGUGAAAAAGGAAAAUCUGAACCAUAUACAUUAAAAUCAUUAGAUAAUAAAAGAAUAUUAUUUCAAGAAAAUCAAACAGAUGAAUUUCUACUUUCAUCAAAAUAUUAUGUUGGUCCAAUCAAAUCUUUACAAUUAUUACCAAAUGGUGAAAUUGAUAAAUGGUUUAUUGAAACAAUUAUUAUACGAGAUAUUACACAAGGACAAGAUUAUAUUUUUCCAAUCUAUAAAUGGGUUAAUACAGAAGAUGGAACAAAUAAUUUAACUGUGCAACCGAUUAAUGAGCGAAAAGCCGAUUAUAUAAUUUAUGCUCGAACAAUAACAAGUGAAUUAAAAGGACCUGAUCGAACAAUAAAAUUACUUAUUCAAGGAAAUAAAGGCAAACAUGAAAUUGAAUUAAAUAAUCCAAUCACAAUGUAUAAUACAUUUCAACCUGGACAUAAAGAUGAAUAUUAUAUUGAAAAUAUAAAAUCAUUAGGUGAAUUACAAUCAAUUGAAAUUGAUAUAACACAUCCAAAUAUUCAUAAACUUGGACUUGAUUAUAUUGAAAUCAAUGAUUUAAAAACUAAUGAUUCUUAUAGAUUUAAUAUUAAUCGUAUGCUCGAUUCAAAAAACCCAAAAAUGAUUGCAAAAGCUGAACCAAUUUCACGAUUUAUUAAAAAUCCUACAUCAACAAAAACGAGUCAUAAUCGACUUUCGUUACCUAAUAUUUCAAGUACAAUGUCAGCUAAGAAAAAUUUUGAUCAAUUAACAAUGGAUAUGCUACAAGGAGCUAAACCAUCAACAAAUAAUAAUUUUACAGUUUCAAUAAAAACCGGUGAUUCAAGUUUAAUGGAUACAGAUUCUAAAGUUCAAUUACAAUUACAUGGAGAUAAGGGCAUAUCAGAAAAGAUUGAUCUUCAUAAAUCCGAAACAAAUUCAAAGAACUUAUUUGAAAAAGACAAUUACGAUACAUUUUCUUUAAAUAUACCUGAUAUUGGAAAUUUAAAAUCAGCAACUCUUUCUAUUGAUGGAAAAAUCAAAACUGAAUGGUCAAUAACAACAUUUGAAAUUAUUGAAGAAAAUUCAAAAAAAAAUUAUAAAGCUAAUAUAAAUAAAAAAUUAAGUAAUAUAAAUAAUGAAUUAAUAAUUCAUUUAAAUGAAUUUUCAAGUAAUUUUAUUCAUCAUAUGAACGAAUCUUCAAAAAAUAAUUCAGAAAAAAAUUCUUAUAAAAUAAAUAUAAAAACAAUAAAUAAAGAAUUUCUUGAUCAAGAUAUUAAACUUCAAAUUGAAUUAAUUGAUGAAUAUGAACAAUCAGAAAUCAUAAUACUUAAUGAAAUUGAUAAUAAUCAAAUUCAUACAUUUACUAUCGAUUCAAUAAAAGAUCUUGGAAAAUUAAAAAAUAUCAAACUUUCAUUAAUUGGAUCAAAAUUAAAUAAAGAUUAUUUCUAUCAACCAGAAUUUAUUGAAAUAUUUCAUCCAAAAAGCAAUAAAAUCUAUCACAUCAGAUAUACUGAAGAUGAUUUCCUAAAUUCGGAUAAAAAUCAAUUAAUAAAAUCAAUACAAUUUUCUUCCGAUAUUAAUAUGCGUGAGAUAACACAAUCACAAGGAACAGUUCCAUCAACAAUAACAACUUCUACUAAUCAAUCAAUGAUAUCACCAUAUGAAAAAUUACCUGAAAAUAUCCUCUCUGAAAAUGAUGAAGAAGAUUCUUUCGUACUAGAUCAUACAAAUCCGUCGUUAAAUUCUCAAAAUCUUAUUCAAGAAACAAAUUCAUUUUCAGAAAAAUUAACAUAUAAUUCAAGUAGACAAAUUCGUCCAGGUGAUCGUGUUAAAACUAAAAAUAAAAAAAAAAUUAUUAAUCAGCAAACAAUAUCAUCAUCAUAUGAAUCAAAUUCAUAUCGUCAAUCAAUUGAAACAAUUCAAGAAUAUCGAAAUAAAACUAAACCAAUGCAAUUAAUUAGUAAUAGACAAACUCCACAAACAAAUAUUCUUAAAAAUAGACAUCACGAUGAAAAUCAAAAAUUUAAUCAUCAAUUAUCGAAAGAUAAAAAUAUGAAUUCACGUGAAAAUUUACUACCAAAUAAAAGUUCAUCACGUUCAGUAAAACAACCACAAACAACAAAGAAAAAUAAGAUACCUCAUCGUUUAUCACUAUCAAAAUUAUCAUCAAAUACUCAACAAUAUUUAAAUGAAUUACAAACAAAAAUGAUGGAUGUCAAAAUUCGAUCAAAUUCAAAUAUAUUCGACAAAAAUCAAAGCAAAAAAAAAGGAAAUAAAAAUUUAAAUGUACAACAAUUGUCAAUCAAUAAAAAAUUAAAUAAUAAUCGUUACAGUUAUGAAAAUUAUUUUGCAUCAAUUACAAAACAAUAUGAAAUCAACGAUAGAUCAAAUAAAAAAAAUAAAUUUCAUCGAUCAUCAUUUUCAUCAAGUUCAAAACAAGCUGGGACAGAAGAUCAGAAACAAAUGUCAAGAAUAAAACGAAAAAAUUCUACUAAUAAUCCAGAAAAAAUGUUAAAGCUUAUUGAAAGUCUAACUCCAUCAAAUACAUCUGAACAAAGUAAUUCUACUAAGGCAAGUACAACUAACUUUAAACAAUCAAAAACAUCAAUUAUAUCAUCAAAUACUUUCGAUAUUUUAUUACAAAAAACUGGAUCUCAUAAUAAAAUCUCACUCGAAUCCAAUAUUAUUAGCAUGAAUACAGUAACAAAUCGAUCACGAAUUGAUAAUAGUAAUCCGAUUUUAAUAAAUAAACAAAACAUAGAAACACAAUCAAUAAGAUCUACUCCUAAAAAAACUCAUCAAAAAGUUACAACAUCAAAUCCGUUAUCAAAUCAUUCAGUAUCAAUUCUAUCAAAAAGUGUUCCAGUUUAUUCACGAAUUCAAAAUAAUAUUUCACAAAGACGAAGUCGAAGUGUUUCACCAUCUCAGAUAUUAUCAAAUCGAAUUAAUCAAGUUUUUAAUAAAAAAUCAUCAAAUAUUUCUUCUUCAUCAUCAUCUCAUUUCAAUCAGAUUUUACAUACAUCAAAUCCAUUAAUUACUGAAUCAUAUUUCUCUGAAUUGACAUCAAAUCCUACGAGAAAUUCAACUCAUAUUCAAAGUCUCUCCAACCAAUUAAGUAAACUUUCAACAUCAAAUCAAACAACAAAACAAAAUCAUUUCAAACAAUCACAAUUAACUAGUGAUCCAAAUUUUAAUGAAUACAAUUUGAAAACAAAUACUCAUGAUGUUAAUGCUGUAACUAUUCAUACAAUUGCAACAAAAUCUCAUUCAGAUGAAAAUUCAAUUCAAAGAUCAAUUGAUAAUCAUGGAAAUGAACAUUCAUUGCAAACAAAAUCAUUAUUAUCACCUAAUAAAGCAAAAAAAUCGUGUAAAAAUCAUCAAAGAAAUAUAUCAAGAAUAUCUGAAAAUAUACUAAAUAAACAAAAGUUUAUUUCUCAAUCAUCAAUAAUUACUUCUGAUCUAUCAACUAUGAACAAAUUAAACGAAGAUAUUCUUUCAAAAGAUAACAAUGAUAUUCAAGAUAUUUCACAUUCUUCUGCUUCGAAUAAAUCAAAAUCUGAUAAUAUUCCAUUAGAUAUUGACUUUAAAACAUCAAAUAAUACUAAUGAAACAAUACAAACAAAUCAAGAUAUGAUAUCCAAACAAUAUGAUUUAUAUACUAAUGAAUCUUUAACACAAGAAAUUAAAUCUCGACCAAAUACUAUUGAAUUAUCUUCAAAAGAUAAUCAUAUAUUAACACAAUAUGCUUUGAAAUCUUCAUUAAAUACAUCUACAACUACUACUGAUAAUUUAUUAAUUUCAGCAAGAAAACAAAAUCAUAAUUUACCUAAUGAAAUAUUUGAUAUUAUUAAAUAUCCAACAAUAUCUAACAAACAAUCAAUUAUAACUCCGACUAAUUCUAAUUUACCUAUUAAACUACUUACAAUAGAUCAUAUGAGUACAGUUUAUGAAGAAUCGGAAUCAUCUGCAAACAGUAUUCUCAAUGAAUUAACACCAUCGACUAGUGAAUACAAUUAUAAUCAAGAAACAAUUCAAGAUUGGUUAGAAACAAGUUCAAAUCUUUCUUCAAAUCAAUUAAAUUUACCAUUAAAUUAUUCAAAUAAAAUUAAUAAAUCUUCUCAUCUAUAA